UAGCAGGAGAGCCCUCGGUUCAGGUGGAAUAGUAUAUUGGCGAAUGCUGUGUGCGAAGUACGCAAGGUAUAGUGCUGUGAGUCAGUCCAAUCUGGCCCAUCAGACCAGCAAAGUGCAGUAACUGGAAAACCUGCGAAGGCUGUUCAUUCCGAAUCGGUGCGUUUUCAAGAGCUGUUGCGAAUUCAAAGUCAAGUGGAAAAAGAUCGUAAUAAUUUCCCGCGCAUAGAUUAAUUCAUUCGGAGUGAGCAUUGGCAGUGCAAUAAAGAGUGGCAAUUGAAACAUAAAAGUGUAAUUUUCAAACCUACUUGAGGGGUACUCAAAGCGUAAGGAUUUCCCUACCGCGCUGACAACUAAUUAGACUCAAGUUCAAGUGCUUUAAGCGAAAAGAAAUCGGAAACCUGUGUGGCAAAAUGUUGAUAAUGAUGAAAAUCGUUCUGACUUCAGUGUUCAUGUGUGGCAGUUUCGUGAUUUAUGCGCAGGCCCAGCUGCUGCUGACCCAAGCGCUCUACCUCGGGGACCCGGGAUCCUACAACACCACCAAGGAGGACUGCAUAUGGAAACGGGGAAAUGGCGAAGACCGCUGUCCGGAUCCGGCCAUCAAGACCAUCCUGUACACGUCCGGUAUCGUGAAGGAUAAGUUUCUGUUUAAAAUGAAUCACCCGGAUUGGCUGAACGAUACCGAAUGGGAGCCGUCGAAGGAGAACAUCAUUCUAGUUCAUGGUUACGCCGGUGGAGACGACACCCUACCGAUUGCGGUUUUGCGGGAUGCUUACAUCAACCACGGAGGGUACAAUGUGUUUCUGGUCGAUUGGGGAGCACUGGGUCAGCCUCCUUGCUACGUUGCUGCGGUGUACAACAUUCGACCGAUUGCUUCUUGCCUGGCUCAGACUUUUAUGAAGCUUCGAUCGUUGGGACUUCCAGCUGAGAAGACGACCUGCGUGGGACAUUCGCUAGGUGCACACAUCUGCGGGCUGAUGGCAAACCAUCUAAACUUCCGGCUGGAACGUAUUAUAGCCCUGGACCCUGCAAGACCACUUGUCAAACCAGGAAACAUGAACAGAUUAGACAGCGGGGAUGCCAAGUCAGUUCAGGUGAUUCACACCAAUGCAGGUCACUAUGGAGAAGGAGGAAGAGUUGGACAUAUUGAUUUCUGCAUCAACGGUGGUCGUCGGCAGCCCUAUUGUGGCAACAGCUCAAACAUCAACUUGUGCAGUCACAUUUGGGCAGUCUGCUAUCUGGCACAAUCCGUUUAUGAUGGUAUGGAACCAAUGGCGGAACCGUGCCACCGAAGGUGUCCCACCAAUGUGUUACUGCCGUCAUCGGGAAGACAAGCAAGAAGUCGCUUCGGAUACGCGAUAGGUUAUGCCAUUCCGAUGGGACAGAAAACGCCUCCCAGUGCUGUUGGAUCGUACUGCAUCAAAGAUUCUAGUCCUCCGUUCUGUCCAUCGGAUUCCACAAUGCCAGGAGAUAAGCGGUGCUGCAUCUAAACGCACUUGCUCAGUUCACUUGGC